AAACUUCAAUAUUUUACUCAACGACUUCAUCAACAAACAAUCUCCCCUUCCCACCUUUAAUUCUUUCUUUAUUCUUAUCCAUUUGCGUUACUCCUUGCAAACCCUUUUUGAUUCCUCAAAUAAAAAAAAAAAAAAAUCUAAUCUUGAGGUUUCCAGCCGUCUUCUAUUUGUUAAUUAUAGGUUUUAAUAAUAAAUAGUUAUGGCGGUGGUGGAGUUUUUGGGGAUGCCGGUGAGCUGGGCGAUGGUAAUUGGAAUAAUUCAGUAUUUGGGGCCGGUUUGGUUUGCAUUUUUUCUGGGUAUAAUUGUGGGGUGGGUUUGGAAACCUAGGUGGGCGACUUUGGCUUUGGGGAAUUGUAAAUUUGAUUUUUCGUCGCCGCCGUCGCCUUCUGCUCUUUUUAGAGGGUUGGUUUCAGCUCAGAGUUUGGAUUCUUGUAAGGAUGGGACUGCAAGUUGUAGCUUGGAUAAGGAGCAAAUGGCGAUAACACCAAUGAUUGACACUGCUGUUUGCAGUCAAUCCGAUAUGGGCAAAGAAGACCACCCACUUAUUACAAACGAGGAUUUGGAACAUUUAUGCCAUCUUGUUGAGAGGAAAGAUGGAGGACCCCCUUGGAAGCAUAUGAUGGAGUGUUCAGCACAUGAUAUGAGCUACCAAGCAUGGCAGAGAGAUCCUCAGAGUGGCCCUCCUCAAUAUUGUAGCAGAACUGUUUAUGAAAAUGCAACUCCAGAAUUAGUGAGAGACUUUUUCUGGGAUGAUGAUUUCCGAUUAAAAUGGGAUAAUAUGCUCACACAUGCCUCUAUUCUAGAAGAAUGCCCGACCACAGGGAUUAUGGUGGUUCACUGGAUUCGCAAGUUCCCUUUCUUCUGCAGUGACAGAGAAUACAUAAUAGGACGGAGAAUAUGGGAAUCGGGAAGAUCAUAUUACUGCGUGACUAAGGGAGUUCCCUCAUCCCUUCCAAGGAAAGACAAACCAAGGCGCGUUGAUGUUCUAUACUCAAGUUGGUUCAUUCAAGCAGUGGAAUCAAGGAAAGGAGAUGGACAGCUGUCCGCGUGCGAGGUGAUACUCUUCCAUCAUGAAGACAUGGGCAUCCCGUGGGAGAUAGCGAAAUUUGGCGUGCGGCAAGGGAUGUGGGGGCUGGUGAAGAACAUUCACCGUGGUUUCAGAGCUUACCAGAAACACAGAGCAUCAGGAGCGCCCCUCUCUCGCCACGCUUUCAUGGCUCAGAUUAACACAAAGCUCGACCCCGACUACCUGAAAACGCUGGAAGACGAGGAAGUGCCGGCACAGACACAAUUAGUGGACUCAGCUGAUGGCAAGGCGAAGGGCAUGAAGAUACCGAAGCUUCUGAUAAUCGGAGGUGCAAUCACAGUUGCCUGCAGCCUCGACAGGGGACUCCUGACGAAGACGCUCAUAUUUGGUGUCGCGAGAAAGCUGGGAAAUAUGGGAGGACGACCAUGCCGCUGAUGAGGAAUUUAGGUCAGGAUGUUGGUUGUGUUUGAUAAGCACUGUUGUUGGUACAUUGAGGCAGCAGAUGAUGCUUUCAGAAAAGAUCAAUAUUACGUUUAUAGAUACUUUAAUAUAGUGAAAAGAUCAUUUUCCUCUGGAGUUAA